AUGUCGUCUCAAGCUCCGCAGCCAUCCUUCGUCUUGCGAGGCCAUGAGGCCCUGGUCCAUUGUGUACAGAUCUCUCCCUUCGAUCCUGCUUUCCUCAUAGCCUCCGACGAUGCCGGCAAGGUGGUUGGGUGGAGCCUGCAGACGAGGAGAUCCUUGUUUUCCAUGCAAGCAUCCGACUCUCCCGUGCUAGCAGUUCGCUGCCUGUCGAGAUCGACGGUCUUGACCCAGGCCAAGGACGGCAUCAUCAACCUAUGGGACGUCGAGUACUCGGGCACCCCCAGUCAUCGUCUGGCGGAGGGGUCGAUCAAAGGGGAGCAGCACACCUUCUGCAAGUGCGACAUCAUUCGGGAUGACGGCAAGGCAGCGCAGCUCGUGGCGUUUGCGCAGGGAAGCGACGGGAUUGGCGUCUGGGACCUCCGAAGCAGCGACCCGGUCUCAGUCCUGAAGCCUCCUGGCAGCAAACGCUCCUCGGGGUUCUGUACGGCGAUGGUUGCUGUGGGGGACAAGCAUGUGGUUGGAGGGUACGAGGAUGGCGGGGUGAGGCUCUUUGACCUGAGGAAGAACCUCGCAGUACUGCAGGAGCACGUGCACAGUGAUCCUGUCUUCGGCCUGGACGCAGUGCGCACGAGGUCUGACAGGUCAGGCGCGGAAGCCUUUGCCGUCAUGUCCGGGAGCGCAAAUGGAGAGCUGGUGCUGUCGCGGCUGACAGCGAGUGACGGUGGAGAGAGGGACAUGGUUUUGACCGAGAAGGGACGGAUGCAACUCAAGUGCGCUGAAGAAGCUCGUGGUGUCAAUCAUUUAUGCGCUCGACCCGACGGCAAGAUCUUCGGUGCCGCAUGCUGGGACGGGAGGAUCAGGAUUUAUGCUGUCAAGAACCCGAGGAUACUGGCAAGCCUGAAAUGGCACAGCAAGAACGUCCAAUGCAUAGAUCAUUGGUUCAUCCUCAUGACAUGUUUCGAUGUCCCCAUCGCCAUCGCCAUCGCCAUCGCCAUCGCCAUCGCCAUCACCAUCACCAUGGCGCCCCACACAUCCUCAUUGCUAGGAGUCGAUACCGGACAAUUGCAGAGCCAUCGCUGUGGAAUUCCAGAGGAAAUCAGCGCAGCAACCAUGUCUAAGGGAGGCAACAUGGAGGACCUUGACGUGCUGGUGAAGAAACUUCGAGCCAAGUUUGAAACCCAAGAGACGAGGGGGUACUCAUGGAGGAUCGCUCAGAUGCAGGGGCUUCGCCGCAUGAUUAUGAACCAUGAGAGCGAAUUCCUUGAUGCUUUGGCAACUGAUCUCAGGAAACCUUACAUGGAAGGGCUGGCUGCUGAGACCGCCUCUAUGCUCGGGUCAAUCGAUUACGCCAUCAAGAAUCUCAAGUCCUACAUGAAGCCUCAAAACAUUCAACCUCUUGCUCUGACGUACCCCAGCAAAACCACUGUUCGAUAUGAGCCUUUCGGAAUCGUGCUGAUAAUCGGCCCUUUCAACUUUCCGUUCAUGCUUACACUCAAACCUUUUCUUGGAGCGAUCAUGGCAGGAAACUGUGCUGUGAUCAAGAUGAGCGAAUACUGUCCAGCUCUGACUUCUGCACUGAAGAAGUAUUUUCCAAUGUAUCUAGACACAGAGUCGUGCAAAAUAGUUGAAGGAGGAGUAAAAGAGACGGAAGAGCUACUCAAGCGUCAGUGGGACUUCAUAUUCUUUACAGGAAGUCCAAGAGUAGGGAAGAUCGUCGCAGAGGCUGCAGCACAGCACCUGACUCCCUACAUUUUGGAACUUGGUGGGAAGAAUCCAGUCAUUGUAGACAAACAUGUAGAGGACCUUGAGGUGGUCGCAAAAAGAUUGAUAUGGGGACGAUGCUACAACUCUGGGCAAAUUUGUUUGAGUCCAGAGUACGUCCUUUGUCAUGAAGAUCACGUGGAAAGACUUAUCUCAUUGCUGGCAAAAUACAUCCGAAUUUUCUAUGGAGAAAAUCCACAAGAGUCUGCAGACUUUGGAAGGAUGGUCACAAAAGAAGCAGCAAACAGAGUGAAGACUCUUCUUGGUGACAGAAAAAAUGGCAAGAUCGAAGCAGGAGGGAAAGUGGACGUGGAGGACCGUUAUGUCGCGCCAACAGUGAGUGCAUGA